GGUGCGCUGGAUAGAUCGGUGUCUGCAGCACGCAGGGACAAGGACCUUUUUCCUCCCAGUGUGGAUGGAUUGAUUGAUCUCUGGAACAUCGAAAGUGCGACUCGCUUCUUCGAAGAACGAUAGAUCCCAAUGGACAACCGGAUAAUUUACCACCUAUGCAUUGAUUGAACAUUGAAUUUCCUUUCUGUAUCAACUUUUAUAGGGCGUUUCGUUUUGCUUUUGCCUAUACUAAAAUAACGCGCUACAUAAUAUUUUCCUGACGUUUGUUUUACAGUAGACUUUCAGAUUGUAUUCCCUGUCCCGACAGAAUCGCAUUAGAUAUUUCCGCCCCGUUAUGUGAUAUCUGACCGGACGGAUGUUCGCCUCUGUAUCGGUGUGAUCGGCGAUGUGGUCAUGGCAGGUUUUGGAGCCCAGAAGUGUUCGAAGAGCGAUAAGUUGGACGAGGCGCAGGCACUGGCCCGUAGCUGCGCGGGGAGACCGGACUUCUUGCCGUGCGAUGGGCUGUCAAUAUGCGCCACGCACAGCCACGGAAAGUGCUUCAAGUUGCACUGGUGCUGCCACUUGGGCUGGUGCCACUGUAAAUAUGUUUACCAGCCCAUGACCAGUGUGUGCCAGCUGCCGAGCACGGCGGUACCCUUUGACCCAUCUGAGUCCCCACCCACCAUGAACCUGUCUGUCUCCCUCACCGAGCGCUUCCUGAAGAUCGCCCCUUGCUUCCAGUCUCCGCCGUACCUUCAGUCGCCCAGAUACUGUGUCAUAGCAGACCUCUUCAUCGACGACUACAUCGUCAAGCGCAUCAACGGGAAGAUGUGUUAUGUUCAACGUUCUCCUCCUCCCAUCCCUGAUUCUCUUGCUGUGGCACCUCCUCUUGCUGCUGCACCUCCUCCUGUACCACAACACUACAAAUGCUCUGUGGACAAGCAUUACUACGGCACCCCAGUAGACCAGAGGAAACACAAACACCACAGCCCUGUAGACAAGCUGAAAGGCCCCAAGAUGGACCACUGCUCUUCUCCAUCCAGCUCCGAGGAUUCUGGGAUCAACGCGUUAGGUCUGCACUACUUGGAAUCCUGUGAGUCAGAGUCAGAGGAUCAGAAUGAGGAAUUGAGCACCGAUGGAGAUGGGAAAUCUAGCCUCUGUAGUCUCUGGGAUCAGGAUGAGACGUCUCUGCUGUCUCCCUCUAAAUCCACGGUGGAGAUCAUCGAGAAGAUGGAGACCACUGUGUGACAGACAGAGAUAAGACACUUCACUGAGCACACCAGAGAGAUAGAUACAACUAUAUAUAUAUAUAUGGAGUACACAGCCUCUCUCUGGGAGUAUUUGGAAAAAACAGAUCCCAGAGAGUUGGAUUUAAGGGACCGACAGUCCACCUAAUGGAGUUUACUUUGUUGUGGUCAGACAUACAGUAGGUAAACCCCACAUGAUAAUGACCCUAUGUGUUUUCUCAGAGACGGUUAAAGUUUGGAUGGUCUCUGGGUUCCCCCCCCCCCCCCACACCCUACUCUCUAUAUCUCUCCCGUCCCCUCAUGCAUGGUUUGUUAGAUAGAUGGAGCUGUCUACUGUAGCAAAGAUUUGACGAUAAAUACAAAGGAAAACAUGUCAUUUUUAACACUCUCGCAGCAGCUGACCAAAUAGACUUCUUACUAGUCCAUCAACAGACAAUCACAGGCUUUAUUAGCCACUUAAACUACCAAGCCUUCGCACCAUCAUCAAAUCCUGCCCGCUUCUAGAAAUAGAAUCACAGUUGAAUGUUUUAUUGUUGUUGUUGAGAGAUAUAACUUUUGAAGUUGUUUGACAAUCAAGAAAAUAAAAGCACAUUCCUUCCUCUAUCUGCUGUGAUGAAACCAACUACUCAACUCCUAUCAGCCAAUGAUACAGGGUGGAAUUCCCCGAAUCACAUGUUUACCAGAGCGUGUCAACCUAAGAGGAAAGAGGACCGGUGAUUCUCACAGCUGCUAUGGACUUUAUUACCUUGAUGGGAAGCAGUGAAGCACACAUGUUGCUGGCUACUUUCCUCUUGAGGUGGACAUUCACACCAGAGCAACUGAUCAGUAUAAAAGCACAGCGCAUACUGUACUGUAUCCAUUAAUAAACAAUACUGUUCAGUACUAUCUAAUACCAUACUGUACUGUUCAGUACUACCCAUUACCAUACUGUACUGUUCAGUACUAUCCAAUACCAUACUGUACUAUCCAUUAAUAAACAAUACUGUUCAGUACUAUCCACUACCAUACAGUACUAUCCAUUACCAUACUGUACUACCCAUUACCAUACAGUACUAUCUAUUACCAUACUGUACUAUCCAUUACCAUACUACCCAUUACCAUACUGUACUAUCCAUUACCAUACUGUACUACCCAUUACCAUACAGUACUAUCUAUUACCAUACAAUACUGUUCAGUACUACCCAAUACCAUACAGUACUGUUCAGUACUACCCAAUACCAUACAGUACUAACCAUUACCAUACAGUACUGUUCAGUACUACCCAAUACCAUAUAGUACUGUUCAGUACUAUCCAAUAACAUACAGUACUGUUCAGUACUACUCAUUACCAUACAGUACUAUUCAGUACUAUCUAAUACCAUACAGUAGUGUUCAGUACUAUCCAAUACCAUACAGUACUGUUCAGUACUAUCUAAUACCAUACAGUACUGUUCAGUACUAUCCAAUACCAUACAGUACUGUUCAGUACUAUCUAAUACCAUACAGUACUGUUCAGUACUAUCCAUUAACAAACUAUACUGUUCAGUACUAUCUAAUACCAUACAGUACUGUUCAAUAUUACUCAUUAGAAUGGACUGUUGGUUUGGAGUAUCAUAGCCUCUGUGUUCUAGAAUGGACUGUUGGUUUGGAGUGGAAUAGCCUCUGUGUUCUAGAAUGGACUGUUGGUUUGGAGUAUCAUAGCCUCUGUGUUCUAGAAUGGACUGUUGGUUUGGAGUGGAAUAGCCUCUGUGUUCUAGAAUGGACUGUUGGUUUGGAGUGGAAUAGCCUCUGUGUUCUAGAAUGGACUGUUGGUUUGGAGUGGAAUAGCCUCUGUGUUCUAGAAUGGACUGUUGGCUUGGAAUGUCAUAGCCUCUGUGUUCUAGAAUGGACUGUUGGUUUGGAGUGUCAUAGCCUCUGUGUUCUAGAAUGGACUGUUGGUUUGGAGUGUCAUAGCCUCUGUGUUCUAGAAUGGACUGUUGGUUUGGAGUGUCAUAGCUUCUGUGUUCUAGAAUGGACUGUUGGUUUGGCGUGUCAUAGCCACUGUGUUCUAGAAUGGACUGUUGGUUUGGCGUGUCAUAGCCACUGUGUUCUAGAAUGGACUGUUGGUUUGGAGUGUCAUAGCCACUGUGUUCUAGAAUGGACUGUUGGU